CUGCUGCAUAAUCAUCUAAUAAUAUCAUAACCUUGAUGUUUACUAACCGUAAUCCAUAACUUUACCUUUCUUCUUCUUCUUCUUCUUUUCCUUCUAUUAGCUUCCCUUUUUCUUUUUUAUAUAAAAUUAAAUUCAGAACGAAUCUUAAUUAUAAAGCAAACUAACACUUUCAUCCACGCGCCGACUUUGGGAGUACACUUAUCACCUAACUUAACCCUAUAUAUACCCUUGGCCACUCGUGUCAGCUCUCACUUCGUAAUCGUCAGUGAUACUAACUACUACAGCUGCGAACAGUGUCACAUGAUACUGUUAGUUCUGAUGCCCCACCGUCGCAGCCCUCCUCCGCUACCCGCCUCGUUUACUCACUACAAUUCCUACACUGUGGAAUCAGAUCGCGAUGGCCAGCCCAGAUACCCGACCAUUCACUUGGCACUACACAGAAAUCGAUGACAGAGACCUAGAGAUCCGAGGAAGGACUUUGUUCUUCGUCAUCGUACUCUUCUCCAUUAUCCUUCUCGUCACGGUUCUCUUCAUAUACACGCGCUGGGUUUGUCGCUACCAGGGGCUCCUUCCCACCACAGCGUUUUCCGCCGCUACCCACGCGCCGUCACUCCCGCAGUCUCAGGGACUGGACCCCGCAACCCUCAAGAAAUUGCCCAUAAUCCUUCACCACGCGCCCUCGGAUCGCGACGAAAGUUCGUGGGACGAAACGGAGUGUUGCAUCUGCCUCGGCGAGUUCAGAGACGGCGAGAAAGUGAAGGUUUUGCCGGCGUGCGACCAUUAUUUCCAUUGUGAAUGUGUUGAUAGGUGGCUCACUCACCACUCAAGUUGCCCUCUCUGCAGAGCUUCUCUCAAGGUUGAAUCUUCUUUCCCAAAGAUUUUGAUUCAGGAACCACCUCUCAGAAUUGAUUUUCAGUUCUAGCUUUCUUUCAUAGAAUCAAUCGGGUAAGAUUGUUAUUCUUGAAAAAUAAAUCUUGUAUUUAAAUAAUCAGAGCUCAAAAUUGAGAUCAUGAUUAAGUUAAAACAGUAUUUGUUUUCUUUGCUUAAUCUUGUUUUCCAACCUGGAAGAAGAAUCAGUUUGUUGUUUGUUUUGCGUCUUGUAAAUCGUUGUAAAAAGAAGUCGUGCCAGAUGUCUGCUAAUUAUAUGUGGAUAUAUACGAUUUUGAAUUUUCUUGGAACAA